UUAUCUGAGCCGUGAGCGACGACGACGACGUUGGCAGUUUUGCAUGUAUACACUUCAGUGACUUCACAAGCCCUUCCUCCUAUAGGAAAUUGAAUUGAUCGACCGGCGACCGGGCAGAAUCAAUCAAUGGGCAGUCUUGAGCUGCAAUCCGUAUCCAGCAAACGUGGCCGGAAAGAUGCCAAGCCGGUAGCUCCACAGAGCCUUUCAGAAGCCGUCGUCAUCAAAAUCCGUGAAGGUCCUGAUCGACAGUCACAGAGGAUCCAAUCCAUGUCUUUUGCUCAUAUUUGCAGGGUACCAGAAGAUCUUCGCAAGCUCAAGGAAACUGCCUACACUCCUCGGCUCGUCUCCAUUGGUCCUCUCCAUAGAAAAGAUGAGCACCUGGAAAACUCUCCCAUGGAAGAUAUCAAAACGAGUUACGCGACAUUACUCAUUUACAGGGCGACCGAAUCCAAGUCCGAGGAGGAAGCCAUGGAAAUACUAAAUGAGUAUAAGGAGGAAAUGACGAAGUCCGUCGACCAGGCAAAGACGUACUAUGCGGGAGAAGCGGCUCUGGCGCUGAACCAAGAGAUGCUUUUGGUGGAUGCUUGUUUUAUACUUGAACUUCUCUACCGGCAUGACGAAAAGAAUGAACCAUCCAACGCUCUGAAUAAUUCACCAAGAGUGGGUGGUUGUUUUUGUUGUAACAAGGACAGAACACGGAUGCAUGAAGGUCAACAACGUUGUUUUAAUUGCUUCAACAAAAUUUUUGGCAGUGGCCGCCUAGCCUACCGCACUGUUCAGCGAGAUUUGUUGUUACUAGAGAACCAGAUUCCGUUCUUCGUUAUUAAGAAACUCUUCGAGCUCACAGAGGAGAAAACCAGAGCCCGACAAGCUCGACAAGACGUUUUUCUUAUUAAUUGCGUAUUGUCUUUUUUCAGUGAUCUACUCGUCACCCUACCAGAAGCCAAUGGUGAUGACAACAGUACUCCAGAGAUAUAUCACAUCCUCCAUCUUCUUCACACGCAUUACCGUCCGGCCAAUCUGCCGAAGGCCGAGAGUUGCUACCAAUUCAUCCAAUCUGCUUCAGACCUAGAAUGCGCUGGUGUCAAGUUCGAGUCCUCGAAUGCCAAAACCCAAUCCCAGUCGCGCAACGCCAAAAGCCCGUUCCAGGUCAAAUUUGACGCCCCCUCUGGCCUCAAAAGGUGGUGGUUCUCCAGAGCUUCUUUCGAAAUUCCGACGCUGCAUAUCGACGACUCAACCGAGCUGUUCUUGAGAAACCUUAUGGCCUUCGAGCAAUGCUGCCCUAGCGUGUCGAGCUACAUUACAUCGUAUGCGUUCAUCAUGGGCAGGCUGAUCAACACUUCCAAGGACGUGGAUGUGCUCCAAAAGGCUGGGAUCAUAUGCAACUAUUUGGGGUCCCAUAAAGACGCUUCUGAUCUGUUCAAUAAACUGUGCUCCGAAAUUGAAAAUGGGGAUUUUCACUUCGCCAAGGCAUGCAGGGAUGCUGCCGAAUACAGCAGCCGGCGCUGGCCGCAAGCUGUGGCGUCUCUGAGGCGGAAUAAUUUUAAUACGCCAUGGGCGUACAUAGGUUUCGGUGUUGCUUUCGUUCUUUUUCUCUCGGCACUCUCUGGUUUCGUCGGCAAUGUACUUAAUUAUCAUUGUUCUGGGAAUAGAUCUAGUGAUUGAAUAUGGAAUGGAAAUGAGUAUAAUGAAAUUUAAAAUUAUCCUUGGGGAGUGGGAGAUGAAGAGUUAUAAAAAUGUAUCUCCAUAUUUCAUUUAACAAUAGAAAUGAAUGAAAUGAAAUGAUAUUUG